UCCUCUCGCCGCAGCCGCCACCGAACGCAAGCGAGGAGAAGGGCGAAAGGCGGCGGUCGGAGAUGUCGGAGAAGAAGCGCGCCCCCGGCCCUCGCAAGGACGAGGUGGUCACCCGCGAGUACACCGUCAACCUCCACAAGCGCCUCCACGGAUGCACUUUCAAGAAGAAGGCGCCUAAUGCAAUCAAGGAGAUCCGCAAGUUUGCACAGAAGGCCAUGGGAACCACAGAUGUCCGCAUCGAUGUGAAACUCAACAAGCACAUCUGGAGCAGCGGUAUCAGGAGUGUCCCAAGGAGAAUCCGUGUCAGAAUUGCCCGCAAGAGGAAUGACGAGGAGGAUGCCAAGGAGGAGCUCUACUCGCUGGUCACAGUCGCUGAAGUCCCCCAGGAAGGUCUUAAAGGUUUGGGCACCAAGGUUGUUGAGGAUGAGGACUAAACCCUCUGUCGUUUCUAUCAGUUAGAACUUAAUACAUAUGCCCGCUGAGAGCAAAUUUGGAAGUCUUGCUUUAAGCUUAUUGUUAUCUACUGUUCAUGACUUCUUGAUAGAAGAUUUGAGAUGCUGGAUGUUUUGUUCAA